GUUCCCUCUCUCUCUCCAGGCACACAGUGCUGCUCUCACAGGUUGACAGUAAACUGAGGCUGUUCUGAAGAUGGGAGGGACGGACUGACUAUUCCACUUACCUGGCAGUCUGACUAAGUAGUCUUACCUACUAUCAACCCUAACACCCGGGUUGGACUGACCCAAUUGGGUGUGUGUGGGGAGGGGGUGGGGGGGGCAGAAAGCUGAACCUGCGUAAGAGUCUGAAGUGGCUUCGGCAGGCUGAGCCCUUUGUGACGAAGACACUCCAGCAGGCGCCAGCGGCAGCUGAGGUCUGCCGCUUCAUUUUCCAAGGCUUUGUUCUCCAAGACACCGUAACUCCAUUUUAAGCUUUAGCGGUGUAACUUGUUUUGCAUCAACCAUCAAGCUUUGGUGCAUUUGGAGGCAUAGUUUGGAUGCACUUGGAGAAAGGCCAGAAUUGGACCAAGCCCUUAUUUGCGCUUUAUCAAGACAUCGGUCUUUUUGUUUUGUUUACCUUCUGUGGAACCUCUUUGCUCAUGGGACUGUAUCAGUUGUUUUUGCCUUCCAGCGAUGGCGUACAUCUUCAGCGAUGUCCCUUGAUCGAGUAUCAGGUUCUAUUGGCAUGACCCAUCUAGGUAAGGCCACACCAAACCUGUGGGGUAAUAGACACUUUUCAUGUAAUCAGCUCCGCGCUUGGGUUAGUGUGAGGUUACAGGGCCAGAACUGCUGACAUCCAAUUGUACCCUUCGCACAAACCCACUGGGUCUGAUGGUGACGUCUCUGAAGCUCAAUCAAUCCAAAAUAGGGGAGCUGCCACAAGUGGCUGCACAGUCAUUGGUUCUUAAAUAAUGAAUCAUUUCAAUAGAUAGAGGGAGGAAAGCAAUGGAGUCUUCUCUCCCUCUGCCAUCACCUGUCACUCCGAUCACUGGGGGGGAAAAACCUUGAGUUAAAAAAUAAAAGCUACAUUGAAGACAUCUGACCAGAUGUUGAAAAGAAACGGAGACAUAAGAAGCUUGAGAAAGGAAAGUAAUUUCAGAAAAGGACAGUGAGUGACUCAAAUUCAGGAUUGUGAAAGGCCCAGACAGAGCAGGCAGUUAUAGCAAAGGAGUGGGCCUUGAAGUGAGAAAGAAGACAUAGACCAGGGUAAAGGUCUGUUUCAGGUGGUCAGAAGACAUCAAGAGCAGCCAUCAUGGUCAACACAGGCAUGCAAUUGAUCAGCUUCACCUGUGCGGUAACAGGUUGGGUCAUGGCCAUCGCUGUGACGGCCUUGCCUCAGUGGAAGGUGUCCGCCUUCAUCGGCAGCAACAUCCUCACCUCCGAGAUCAAGUGGGAGGGCAUCUGGAUGAACUGCAUCUACCAGGCCACGGGCCACAUGCAGUGCAAGACCUACGACUCCAUUCUGGCUCUGCCCCCGGACCUCCAGGCAGCUCGUGCCCUCAUGUGUGUGGCAAUUUUCCUGGGCUGGCUGUCCUGCACCGUGUCCUGCUGUGGAAUGAAAUGCACCACGUGCGCUGGUGACGACCGCCGCGCCAAGGCAGGCAUCGCCCUCUCCGGCGGCGUGCUAUUCAUCCUGACGGGCCUGUGCGUGCUGGUGCCAGUCUCCUGGACCGCCAACACUGUGGUCCAGGACUUCUACAACCCCAAAGUUCCUGUCAUGUACAAGCGAGAGCUGGGCCAGGCGAUCUACCUGGGCUGGGCAUCUGCGGUUAUUCUGAUGAUCAGCGGGGCCGUGCUGAGCAGCACCUGCCCCCAUAUCGAGAGCGGAGGAGGGGAGUACCGCCGGGGGUACAUGGGCCGGCGCUUUCCUAACACGCGCCCCUCCCCCCUCGCACCUGAUCUUCCGAAACCGAUCACCUCAAACAGCGUGCCCCUAAAGGAAUACGUGUAGUCCAGAGAAAAGAUGUGAAGAAGAAUGUCAACAGGGUUGGAGUAUGGGAAGGCGCAAGGUUGAGAACGAGAAGAGGAAGUAGAAGGCUGGAGAAGGAAAAACUGUGACUGACAGUAGUGGAGGUGAGGUGUUGUGACUUGGAAGGUUUUUGAAGAUGUGACGCAUUAGAUUUGAAACUCUGCAGUUCUCUCGCGUUCUUCUAGCGUGAAGCAGUUUGAUGUACUGUAAAUAUUUCAAAUGUAUUUUGUCACGGCCCAAUUUGAUAUAUAUAAAAAAUUGAGGCUGUUUCCAUAAUGCCUAUCAUUAUCCGCCUCAUGUAUUCCCUUAUUGACUUCAUUACACAUUUAUUACACUGUGAUAUUUGGUAUUAGUGCGUGGACAGAUCACAAUAUUCUGCCUGGAAGAUACAUCAAUCACCAUAAACACCUUUAAGAUAUUAUGGUUUUGUGACUUGUGGUGUGAAGAUUGGAGUGAUUUCUUUCACAAUUCUUCUCAGAUGACUAUUAAAUCUGUGAAAUAAUUCAGUCUCGGCACUACUUCAUUGAGUUUGAAUAAGUCAAAAUUGUAACAGAAUAAACUGUUUAUUCCAAGGGUAUUUUAGUAAGUUUGAACUUUUUCCUUCCAUAUGUUAUAGUUCAUGACAAACUGAUGGGUGUUUUGAAGUUUCCCCAGAAUAUUGAAGGUGUCAUGUGCUCAAUGUUCAGCUGUGCACACCUCCAAACAGAAAGUGUUCCCUUUGCACAUAGUGAUGGAUCAAUCUAGCCCUCUUACAGGCUGUUUGGAAUUCCUGUCAAAUUGAUUGUAUCUUUCAGGGCAGCAAGGGCAAACCAUGUGAGGUGAGGGAAAGGAGCAGCCAUCCUGAAUAAACCAGAUAGUUGGAGAAAUAAAAAAACGUGUUAAAGUUAUAUUUAUAAUUUAAUUUCAUUGUUUUUCCACAUUUAUUUUCGCUUAGUCAGAAGUUCUACUAUUCUAGCUCAGGGCCCAUAUCCACAAAGCAUCUCAGAAUAGACAAUUGGUCAUAAAUGCUGAGAACAGAGACAUUUUACUUGUUCUCUUAUGGGUACAAAAUAAAAGCAAUGCGUGAAGCCUCUUUUGUCAUAAGAGUCACACCUAGUCGACAGAUAUUUAGGACACCUCAUGAGCUGUCCUAAACAGUUAAAUUACCAGCGGAUGUCUUGAUCAAUAAUCAAGUGAGUCAGUGGUUCCUGUGCCACAUGCAAUUGCUUUGGAGUCGUUUGUGUUUUCUAAUUCUAUAUCGUCAAUCCAUAAAUAAUCUAGAUCUACAGUAUAUGCAACAGUAUCUCUUGUGCCUCUACCAAUGAUUUCAGAUGAUAUGCCUAAAUACUUAUAACAAAUAGGUUCAUAAAUAAAUGUAUUUCCAUUUAUUGAAUUUCAUCGGUAUUUCAAGUUAUCCCUUUGGAGUGCAAUACCACGUUGUAUUUUUAUUUUUAAAAGAUGCCUAAAUUGGGCACUUGAGGAAUUAUGUUGCCUUUGAUUGUGUUCGAUAACAAUGACCUUUCACGAGUUGUAUGAAACAUUAUUGGCAAGUGACUUGAGGCCAACUGGGCCAAAGCAAAUUCUUUUUAAAACGGGAGUGACGAGUGUUUUGAUAUCACUGCAAUAUUGUCAAUGAUGCUUUUUAACAACCAUCGGAAUUGGUAAAAAAAAAAGUUAUGCAUGCCAAUAUAUUCGGCGAUAAGAGAAGUGAUUGUGUCACGUGAAAUUAUAUCAAACGUUUUCCCAUUGCAACAUUAACAUGUACAGUCACAUUCACCG